AUGGCUGAUAACGCGAACGUCUCUCUCCCCAGUAUCCAUGAAAUGUUCCCAGAGCACAUGCUACACGUUUCACCUGAAGUUCACGUGAAAGGCAGUGUACCUCCAACGCUCGUUCCGUCUCAUCCAUAUGUACUUCCUCAGCCAACACGCAUGCCCAUGCGUAAGGAGACUAAUCUAUAUCCUGAGUCCUUUCCAUCGCUUCCUCGCCUGCAGUCAUCAGGUGAGGACGACGAGGAGAGCAAAAAACAUAUCUGCACGGUUUGCAACAAGCGAUUCCUCAGACCCAGUAGCUUGAAUGUCCAUAUCAACACCCACACCGGCGCUACGCCGUACCGAUGCUCAUUCCCUGGAUGCGGGAAAGAAUUCAACGUCAAGUCCAAUAUGUUCCGACACUAUCGAUGCCAUACAGGCACUGUCGCGGAUCAGUAUUCCCGUCGAAACAGCUCGCCAAACACCAAUCCUUACCCUCAAAUCAAUCCUUCGUUGACACCCACUAGCACGUCCUUCGCAGCAGGAGGGCAAUACCAGCCAAGAGAUCAGCUGCAGGACUACCAACCUCGAUACUUGCAUGACGGCACCACGGUGGAAAGAGAAAGAUAUUAUCAGCGCCAGUACUCGAUGAAUGAUGUUGGUCGUAUGCGAGGUGAGGAGGACAGGAAUCAUGAGGUGGACCAAAGUCGCUUCUAUGCGAGAUCUCAUUGA